UCCAAAAACCCAACUAGACACACCAGCAUACCAGCUAAAAGCUGCAUCUAAAGCAAAUCAUCCAAAGCCAUCACACAAACCAACGAACGCAUCUCUUUCUUCUUUCUCUUAUCUCUCACCUCACUCAACCACCUUCCAAACCAGUUUCUCUUUUUCAUAAACCCUAUUCCCAAUCUUCUAAACUUCAACUUCAAUUUCCCCAGUUUCCAUUAAUCAAAAAUACCAUAUUAUUAUUAUUCAAAUAUCCAAAUCCAAAAUUCAAAACUGGAGUUGUUUUUUUCUGAGAAAUGCCAAGUGUGGCUGUAAAACUCUACAGCGUAUUCUUCAAGUUCCUCUUGAAGCACCGUUUACAAAACCGGAUUCAAGCCCAACCCGAUAACUCUAACUCAUUCGGUAUCACUUCCCGACCCGAAGAAUCCGUCGCUAACUCUAACCCUUCUUUCACCGACGGUGUCGCCACCAAAGACAUUCACAUCGAUCCUUUCACUUCUCUUUCUAUCCGAAUCUUCCUUCCUCAAUCCGCGCUUUCUCCACCCGAGCCUCAUUCCAAACCUAAGUCUAACCCUAAACAACUAGAUCCCGAGCCUGGAUCUGUACGGCGAAGUAGCUAUGGUCCUCCGUUCAGGGAAGAGCUCCGAGGGAAUGUUUUUGGAGGUAGUAAUGGUGUUGAGGGUUUGAAUUUGAUGGGCGCUGGUGUUGUAACCGGUGCUGGAUUGUACCGUGGGUACUCGCCGGCGUUGGAUAAUCGACGGAGGAAAUUGCCGGUGAUGUUGCAGUUUCAUGGGGGUGGUUGGGUUAGUGGGAGUAAUGAUUCGGUGGCGAAUGAUUUGUUUUGUCGGCGGAUCGCGAAGCUUUGUGAUGUGAUUGUGGUUGCUGUUGGGUAUAGGUUGGCGCCAGAGAGUCGGUAUCCGGCAGCGUUUGAGGAUGGGUUGAAGGUGUUGAAUUGGUUGGCGAAGCAGGCAAAUUUGGCGGAGUGUAGUAAAUCUAUGGGGGUUGGGAGGGUUGGUGGAGGAAGCCAUGGCGGUGGUGGUGGUGGUGGUGGUGGUGAGUUUAACAAAUCCGAUAAUCAUAGGCAUAUUGUUGAUUCUUUUGGUGCUUCAGUGGUUGAGCCUUGGUUGGCUAGUCAUGGAGAUCCAACAAGAUGUGUUCUUCUUGGAGUGAGCUGUGGUGCGAAUAUUGCAGACUACGUGGCUCGAAAAGCUGUGGAAGGAGGCAAGCUUUUCGACCCUGUCAAGGUGGUAGCGCAGGUUUUGAUGUAUCCAUUUUUUGUUGGCAGCGUUCCCACGCGCUCUGAAAUAAAAUUGGCAAACUCCUACUUUUAUGACAAAGCUAUGUGCAUGCUUGCAUGGAAACUUUUCCUACCCGAGGAAGAAUUUAGUUUGGACCAUCCAGCUGCAAAUCCCCUGGUCUCAGGCCGGUCUCCUCCUUUAAAGUCGAUGCCUCCAACAUUGACAGUGGUGGCAGAGCAUGACUGGAUGAGGGAUCGUGCCAUUGCUUACUCAGAGGAGCUCCGGAGGGUGAAUGUUGACGCACCUGUUCUCGAGUAUAAAGAUGCAGUGCACGAAUUCGCAACACUUGAUGUACUUCUCAAAAGCCCUCAGGCCCAGGUUUGUGCCGAGGACAUUGCCAUCUGGGCCAAAAAAUAUAUUUCACUUCGAGGUCAUGAAUUCUCGUAUUGAGUAGGGUAUAAAAAAUUAAGAUGAUGAUUCCGUGGUAGAUAUUUACCUUCCCUCAACUUCGAAAUUAGCUUCAGAUCACUCUUUUGCUGCUAUUCCCUGGAACACGUAUAUUAUUUGAUUGAUUUUGAUGCUUCAUAAGGUGUUGGAUAUUGACUAGUUCCAUGUUUGUACUAGCUACUGUUCUUUUGUAAGAUAGAUUUAGUAGAAUUAGUUGAGUCAUUGAGAUGCAUAUACCUCAUGCGUACGAACCACCUUAGGACAUUCCUGUGCAUUUUUUUCCUGUGUAUUAUGUGUCAUAUUUCUUAUUGAAAUUUAUAAAAUUUAAUGAGCUAUUCUCUUGGCA